ACGAUGCUUAGAGAAAUUCUGUUAGCCUUCUAUUUGAUCUAUUACUCAUCCUGCUGUGCUCCCAGCGCUCCACAAAGAGCAGCACUUAGAGCUCAGGCCACAAUGUUUCGAGCGGUUCCUGGUGCGUAUCCUUCCGUACCUGUCGGUUUCGUCAACUUCAGACAAAGAGGAAAUCGAAUGCUUGUGAAUGGCAGGGUGGUAGGCCUUACGCCAGGAUUUCACGGUAUGCACGUUCACGCAAUAGGAGAUUUGGGUAAUGGUUGUUUGAAUGCUGGACCUCACUACAAUCCUAACAAUCAAACUCACGGUUCUCGAACUAGUGCCAUACGACAUGUUGGCGAUCUUGGAAACAUUUUUGCCAGGCAAAAUGGAGUGGCAAGGUUCAGAUUCUUCAUCGGAGGAGGGCGACUUUCACUAACAGGGCCACAAAGUAUCGUUGGAAGGACUGUAGUUGUUCACGCUGGUCAAGAUGAUUUGGGACAGGGAACCGCUAAUGAUAGCUCUACUACAGGGAAUUCUGGAGCACGCGUUGCUUGUGGAAUAAUUGUUCCUGACAGAACUGGCUAA